AUGGUGAUUGCGUCUGCGUUUAGUUUUGAUUUACAUAAGCACAUGAUUGAGUGGCAUCCCAAUCCAUAUCUCACAUUUGACACUUUGACGAGAAAAUGAACCUACCAACAACAUUAUUUAGACGACACCAACAUCAAAGGAACACUUGCGCAAGAAAUGCUUACAGUAAAUACUCUUGAUGGUGGGUUCAAAAAGGUACCUGAAGUGUAUUUUAGAUGCAAAGAGUAUUGCAGGUUUACCGGAAAGGGCAUAUUGGACCUCGAGGUUGGAAAUUACUCCAUCAUAGGGGAGUUUGGCUCGAAGUUAUCUUUCCUUGGUAAGAUAAGGGAACCUAGAGCCUCUCACAACUUAAUCCUUGGCGAUGGUGCAAACAUACAAGGACAUCCUACAAUAAUAAAUAUUACGAAAGGCCACACUAUAUUUCAAUUGGAAUCCAUUACUAUUGACGAGGAAAUAACUUUGGAAGACCCAAUCCAAGCCACUCUAUCUGAGGGCUCCAAAUUAUCUCACUUAUCAACAAAUGUGUAUUACAAAUUUGUGGAUGAGUCCGAUCUAAUAGAUAGACCUAUAUCAUAUGACCUAAAAAGUGAAUGCUAUAUAAAUAUAUAAUGGUUAGAGAAAAUGGAUAUCGGCUGUAUUGGUGCCGCAAGCGUAAAUGUCCAUAGCAUAUUCAUACCACAAGGGUUUCUUGGAAUUCUUUGUUUCGCGAUCAUGAAUAACAAAGGGUCUUUUUCACAAUUCAUCAUUGUGGUUAUAGCUAUGAAAGGGUAUAACUUGGGCUAUGACCUCAAAUCAAAAAUCGUUAAUUUUAAAAAACAAGAUUGUGAUCCAUAA